UCUAUGUUUAUUUUUAAUGUACAUACUGAUAUAUCCUUCAAAUAAGGAUACAUUUGGCUAAUGUAGUAUUUUGCCUACAAAAUUCUAGACUUUUCAACCAAUUAGUUGUAUCUAGGUCUUAUAUGGCAGUCCAGAGUACAGGAAUGAAAGUUUGAAUAAUAGAAAUAUUACAAAUUUGUUUUGAAUCCCUUCCAAAGAGUGGAUUUGAUAUUGGUUCAAAUGACACCAACUGAGACUGUUAUAUUCUAGAAUGCCAUGUAGCAAUAACUUGUUUAAGUUUAAUGACUUAAUUAUGUGUCCAAUGAAGGUGUCUUUUGCAAAUUGCAGGUUUUAUUCAAUAUGAAUAACUACAGAAUAGUGGUACUAGACAUGAGGGGCGCGCACGUGGAACUUCGCUAGUUUAGCAAAUUGUGGGUUACAACAUUAUGAGGGAAAUGGUAGGAGGUUGUUGCGUGUGUUCUGACGAUAGAGGCUGGUCUGAAAACCCACUUGUUUACUGUGAUGGACAAUCCUGCACUGUAGCUGUACAUCAAGCUUGUUAUGGUAUAGUGACAGUUCCCACGGGUCCAUGGUUUUGUCGUAAGUGUGAAAGUCAAGAGAGAUCUGUCAAAGUGAAAUGUGAAUUGUGUCCAAGCAAAUAUGGAGCUCUUAAAAGAACUGAUAACCAGGGAUGGGCCCAUGUUGUUUGCGCUCUGUAUAUUCCAGAGGUCAGGUUUGGCAAUGUCACAACAAUGGAACCUAUUCAGUUGCAAUUGAUUCCUGCGGAGAGAUUCAGUAAGUUGUGCUAUAUUUGUGAAGAAAAAGGUAAACCCGCAAACGCUACAGUCGGCGCUUGUAUGCAAUGCAAUAAGGCCGGUUGCAAGCAACAGUUUCACGUUACAUGUGCGCAGAGCUUAGGUCUGUUGUGCGAAGAAGCAGGGAAUUACUUGGAUAAUGUUAAAUACUGCGGUUACUGCCAGCAUCAUUACAGUAAACUGAAGAAAGGCGGUAACGUAAAGACAAUCCCCCCGUACAAGCCCGUGUCUAACGAAUCCCACAAUUCCGACUCUGAAAAGGAGUCCGAAACUUCCAAUUCGAAGAACUCUCCCCCCUCCUCUUCUACCAAGAAACGGUCCUCAGUAAGUGGGAAAAACGCUCCCACAAAAACUGCUACCAAAUCGAACUCAGGUUCAGGAUCUCAGAAGGCUGUUCAUAAUAACUCCAAGGGAUCUGAUAAAGCUAAGGCUGGUUCCAAAAGCGGUAAGUCGGACGACCCUUCCCCAGUAGGCAGCAUAGAGAAUUCCCCUGUGACCGAGAAGAAAACCCCUCCAGAUUCGCCUGCGAUCGCAGCUGUGUCUGACAAGGAUAGCGGUAAAAAUAAGAAACGCAAAGCGAAUUCUAGAACACCGACUCCUGUCAGUACCUCGGUUGUUCCGCCUGUGCCACUGUCCGCAUCACUAGCUGGCAGUGAGGUCAGCGUGGUAGUAACUUCGUCUGCAGUGGUUACAGCAUCGCCAACGGUGCCUAGUUUACUGACAGGUGCUGAGAAGAAAAGCUUGGUGACAGAUAGUGCAAACGACAAAGCCAAAAAGGCAAAAAUAGAAACGACCCAGUCGAUUUUAUCAAAUCAACCAGUUGUAGCGUUAACGUCAAUAACGGCACCAGUGAAGGUAGCCUCACCCACUUCUUCAGCUGACGUGGUCACUUCUGUGGAACACCCCACUACUUCUACAACGAUAGCUCCUCCUCAGACGCAUUCGCUGGUGGUAAGUGUCCCAUUAUCCAGUGCCCAUUUGAGUCCGCAUCACACUGCCCACGGAACGCCUGUCCUCGUUGUGAACGGGCAGACGGUCGGAUCGACGCUUUUGGGCGGCAGUGGGCAGCAGUCAGUGGAAAAGGCUGCCCCGACUGGCAGCGGUGAGAGGAACACGCCGAUUAUUAGUGAUUUAAUGACAGGUAAUAACAGUAACCAAGGCCUCUUAACUUCCGAAAUGAGUGGCGGAGGGUUAAAGAUAACGUACGAGAAGCAAGUGGAUUCCAUCAACACUGAGGUGGACAUGGAAUUAGAGCUGGACACCACGCCGGCCAUUACUACUGAUGUACCUGCUAGAAGAGGAAGAUCUCAAUCCCAAUCCAACGACAAACAACAAACCCCACCCACAAACUCGGGCACGAUCCCUGUGGGACGCGGCAAGAAGCGCUCCACCUCGACAACAGCCCCCGCCAUACCCCCUACCGCUAACAACGGUGCCAUUCCCAAGCGAUCUAGCCGUUCCCGUCCCUCAGGAUCGCCCACGGUGCAAGAAACGCCCCCGGGCGCGUUCGUAGUCCCUCCCCUGACGCAAGACGUGUCCCCCGCUGCCCCUGGCGCGUUCGCUGCCGUCACUCAGAUGAAAGAGUCGCCGCCCAGCAGUCCGAGUUCGGAAAGCCUGCAGAGCGCCCCGCCUACGAUUGGGCGUGGCCGACCGAGAGGCAGGAAGAGCGGGACGCAGUUGCAGCCUGGCACGCCCCCCACUGGGAACGGUACCAGAGAGGACAGGGAUUCACCGCCGGUCGUUGUGGAGAAGAAAGAUGUCAAGGAAAUCAAAGUAUUCCAGAAUGGACUCACUGCUCCUCAUAUGCUGGGUAACCAGCUGAAUCCGACUUCUAACAUGCAUUCAAAGAUGCAUGAUCACUUGAAUUCUGAGCUAGAAGCGCACAGUAUUUUCAACGCCAAUGAGAAUAACUCGAACCUUGUGGGACCCCAGCUGCAUCACAGGGUUCUUCAAUCGGCUCGAGCAAGCAGUACGACCUCUAGUACGGCCUCGGGAGGCAGUGGUUUGUCCUCAAUGCUUGGAGGUAGCGGUGGGACCAUCCCUCAAACGUUGGACCAACUCCUGGAAAGACAGUGGGAGCAGGGAUCCCAAUUUCUUAUGGAGCAAGCUCAGCAUUUUGACAUUGCAUCAUUGCUGUCGUGUCUACAUCAGCUAAGGGCUGAAAACUUGAGGUUAGAAGACCACGUCAGUUCCCUUUUGCAAAGGAGAGAUCAUUUACUAGCGGUCAACGCAAGAUUGGCGAUACCUUUGACAGGACAACCAGCUGCUACUCAGUCAAAUCACCCCCACACAGUAAAUAAUAUUCACCCGUCAGUAGCAUCGUCUCAUGGUGACCUUCCGAGGUCGAGGCAUAGUACAGGUAGUUCCAGUUACCCCAGUCAUACACAGUCUACUCAUACACCCCUAGAGAACGGCUUACCUCCAGAUGCCUAUCCCCAGAAUUCUCAUAGAAGCCCAGCUGGGGGUCAGCCUAGUCCUACAGUAAGACACCACUCGCCGGCAGGUGCAUAUGUCAACAGCGGAAGCGGCAGCAAUAGCGGCAACGGUGGACUGUCGCAGCCCCACAGACCUGAUUCUAGCGGGAGGCAUGCCCCCAGGCCUCAACCGUUUCCCCUUUACGAUACCAGGCCAGGGCCAUCAUCAUCUGCAUCGCAACAGGAACAUAUGGAGGCAGACGUGGACAAAGAGUAACUUUGUCGAUUUUUACUUGUUUCAUAGUACAAUUAAAAAUGCGCCGUCUUGAUGAUUAUAAGACGUGACCGAAGUGACAGAGAUGUUGAUAUGCACCACCACAGUUCCUCGAAGACCAGCUGAGAUCGAGAUCUAGACGACUAUUUUAGCAUUACUAGAAUUCUAGACUUGCAAUGACAAAUCAUCGAUAUUAAUAUAUAAUAGCGUGCCUAGAAGUAUUUAUCCGUUGGUUUUUUUCGCAGGUUGGGCUUCAAUAUGCGAAUUGUACAGAAUAUUCUACAUCUGCCAAACAGAGUGGCUAAGCUUCCAAUUCUAACUCGUUGAGAACGGGCCGAUACGACCGCUUCUAUUGUAGACGGUUUUAAAAUCCGUUUUAAAAUGCGUAUUAAACUUCCUAACAGUAGUCACGGUACUUUGAUAUGCAGGCUGUUCAAAAAGUAUAGACACAUUUUAAUCAUAAUCAUCUUCAUUGAUGGCAAGGUACAAAGAUAUGAAACUGCUACCCGGAAAAGGCGAAGUUCAACUUUCAUUUCUAGGGGAAUAGCUGGUCUUCCUCGUAACCCUACCUAACGCACUCAAUACGAAUAAAAGAAAUGGAAAAUUAGAUCAAGAAAGUUCUUAAAUGGAAACCCCUAUUUCUGGCAACGGAAAUGUAAAGAGCGGAAGAUUUUAGGUUCAGUAUAUCCUUGUCCAUGAUGUUGGCCUUCAAGGUCAUUUGAGGAUGUCAAAAAGUAUGGAAAGGACAAAGUACCUCGGUAUAUACGUUUCAUAGAGAAAAAUGUAGUAGAACGAAGUAGAAAGGUUUGUUAAGGUUAUCCGUUGGUGACCUUGAACGUGAACUACGACAUUAAAGCUCAGUUGAAGGUCAAGAUAGUUUUCUUAAAUGUAAGGAAAUUAAUUUUCAUCGAGAAAUAUCUAUUUUUGAUUGCUAAAAUGCAAAUGGAGAACAAUUUCACGUUUCAGUAUAGCCUUGCCGAUGUCAUUGACUAUGACCUCCAACAAAAUUUGAAGGACGAAUGAAUUUUAAAUGAACUACUUUUUUUGUCGAUGAUAUGAAAAAGCGAAACAUUUUUCGGUCAUGUAAUCGACUGUCACCUUGACUAUGACUUUCAAGGUCAAAUUAUUUUUUUAUGGGAUACUCCUUGCUUUCGGAAUAGUAAUUUCACGUGUCGCUAAAUCUUUGACCAUUGUAAAACCUUUAAGAUCCUGAUCAAGGUCGCCAUUCGAUGACUCUUUCAACCUCACAACUUGGUUUUACAACAUUUUUCUCUAGAAAGCAUAUUUUUGAGAUAUGCGGUUCUUUCCAUACCUUCUGGAUGCCUUAAAAUGACCUUGUAGGUCACAUUCAAGUUCAUGAAGGACUUGAAUGAACACUUCUCACUCUUUGCAUUUUUGGUGUGAAAAAUAUGUGUUUCCAUUUUAGAAAACACUCUUAACCUUCAAAUGUAAUGGUCGGGGUCAUACUGAAGCUUUUCGUUAGAUGGCCUUUUUUAAACUUCACAAGUUUAUUCUCAAGGAAAUACAUUUUUCGAGAUAACUUGACGUUUCCAUACUUUUUGGACUGAGACAAUUAUUAUAAAUGCGUUUCUUAGAACCUCGACCUGCGUCGAAGAUUAAUAAGAAAAUUCGUUUUUGCGAAUAUUACAGUUAGAUGUGAAAAUGGAGGGGUAACGGAUGCAUAAGAGAAGUAUAGACAGUUGUACUUAGUUUGUAUUCAGCCGUUCUGUUCAGUUCAUGAUCUCAAGUAUGUAAGCAUUUGGAAUCGCACCAAUUAAAUUGGUGCCUGUUGAAAAACUAUAGAAGGUGACGCAUAUUUUGCAAAAGCCCAUGAAAAAUGUCUCUUUUGAUAAGCGAAGCAUUCGAGACGUAAAAUAAUUCCCGCUGUGAAUUGCUUGAUUUUCAGGUAAAAUCAAGAUUUUGCCGUAGGGGAUAUUUUUUGUGAAUGGUCAAUAUUUUAGUGGGAUUUAAAAAAGCGUCCCAAAGGCUUGAAUAGUCUGCUAUACUUUUGGCAGAUUGAUAUUGCAAAAUCAGUUCUUCUUCAGAUUAUUUGUUAUUUCCAAACUGUCUGUAGAAAGCUGAGUUAAAGCUGAUUUUGCAAAAAUUGAGAUGUCUAUAAUAAUAAUGUCUGAAAAUAUUGUGUUCAAAUUGUAAGAUCUAGCGAUACUCUUGAUCUUAUAAUUUUAAUUCACUGCCAGUGUCAAAAUAUUGUUUUAAAUUAUGAAAAUAUCUAUUACAGCAGGAUAUAGAUCAUUUUUUGAAAAUGAGAGGCAGAAUGAAACUGUAGCAGUUACAUUGAUGAAAAAAAUUGUUUGAAAGAAAGCGUUAUGAAAAAUCGGACAGAUUGCAACUCGGAAACAUAUGUUGAUUUACUUUUUGCAAUGAAGAGAAUUUUUAUCAUGAUAAAACUGGAAUUUCAAUUCGUGAAAAAUGUGUUAGUUUUCUUUAUACAAAACUGUUUAUUUUUAUUUUAGUUUUUUACCGCAUUUUUUUGAUGAUCAUUGUGGAUUGUGUGAUUCUUUUUAUAAAUUGAGGAAAUCUUUUGAACGCAUAAUUUAAAAGAAUUUAUUUUUAUACAGGUGUUUAUAUUUUACGACUUUUUUUUUGUUAUUUCAUACGUUGCCGAUUUCAUAAUUUGUAGGAAUAGACCUGUUGAAGUGUGAAUUACUAAACCAUGGGUGUCCGCAGGAAUUUUUUUCAAGGGAUUAUCGGCAAGAGGUAACUUUUUGUGAAAGGGCGUCAUUUCCUGAAAAUCACCAAUAUGUUACACAAUGCUAUUCCAAAUAUGCGAAUUUUCGGGGCAAACUGGAUUCUCAGUUGCGGUACACCAUCCCCUUGUCCCUCCUGGGGGUGACCAUGUUCUAGACUUCACACAAUGAUUGGAUUUUAUUUUUUAAACUUCUAGCCUUCUAGGAGGUCAUCAAUACGUAAGGUCAAUAGUAUAAAAGAUACAACACGUGCAAAAGCUUCAGUAAUACCAAAUUAAAACGACUCUCAAGUACAUAGGGUAAGUUUUUAGUGUGGGCUUGGUCAGUAACACCGUUAUUAUAGAUAAUACUCCUACUAGUUCUACUACUACGCAUGGUAUGUAAGCUUCUUGGUAAAUAUUUUCAUCUCUACCCGGUGAUCCAACCGCACUUUUUUAAAUGAAAAGUACCUAUUUUGUUGCAGAUUUGAAUAGGUCCUUUCAAAUGAAGCAAUUUGCUAUAACAUUCUAUAGGGUUGUGUUUUCAAAUCGUUAAGGUAUUGGAUAAUUUAUCUGAAAAUACUUUGACAACUCUCAUCUCCUUAACUUUUAUAUCUAGUGUACUACAUUUUUUAGCAGGAAAAUUUUAUGGUGCCGUAUUUUCUUCCUAGCUACUUACUGUUUCAGUUCUUUCGAUAGUUUAUACAGGGUAGUCAAGAACGAUUGCUCAAAAACUCUGUUUAUUUUCACAUCCGUUGAUUCUCCUUUUCAUAAGGUUUUUUAUUUAAAGUUUUUGAGUUGCAGCUAACCCAUUUGUAAAUCUGAUAUGAAGGUAAAGAAAAAAUGUGACAAUACAUUUUAAAAUAAAAAGUUGCGUUUAACUGCUAACCGCAGGUCAUUAGAAUUGGUAUUUUUUUAUUAUAAAUUAAAUCUACCCAACCUUAUGCAAAAAAGUCAAAAGAUCAAGAAGGUGUCCUUGUCCUUUUAGUAAGCCAAAAAACCAGUCAUAACCCUUAUGAACCUAAUAACUGAAACAAUGCUUGUGAAAAGGGAAAUCAUAGAAUGUAAAAAUUACGAUACAAUGAACAUGGUAAGAAAUAGUUGAUAUGGUGUUUAUGACCACAAUGUUAUUCAAAAAACUGAAAAUGUAUGAAGUACGUAAACAAGGAGAAGAUAUGAGAUCAUAAAAUGUCACUAAAAAAAAUCAGUACUUUGAGAGUUGUCAAAGUUGUGUUUUUUCAAUGGAUUGUCCAAUAGUUCAAUAAUUUGAAAAUCAAACCUUAUAUCUUACAUCAAAUUGCAUCGUUUAGAAGGGCCUAUCCAAACCUGAAAUAAAAUGUAGGGCUUUCCAUUUAAAAAAUGAAUGUUUAAAUCACUAUGUAGUUAUGAAUCAUCAUGAAGAAAUAUAUUCCAAAUCAGGAGCAUACUGUUUGCUACAAUAUCUGUACUUUAUUUUUUUUAUAUACCAUGCAUAAUAGCGGAGUUAUCGGCCGAGUCGAAUUGAGAUAGUUAUCAUCAAUUUCCCUUAUUACAAAGUGAUUCAGAAUCAUCAUGAUUUAGUCAGACAUAUUGAAGCUGCUCUUUUAUAUGAAUUAUACAAAUAUGCCAAAAAUGCUCAAGACGUAAUGUAAAUAUCAAAUUGGGAAAGCUUGGUGUGUGUAAAAUGUGCAAAUUGGAGGUCACAAUUCCUCAUCUAUAGCUUAAACCAAUUGCAAUCGAAUAUAUGCCAAACGUGGUAGAAAAGAAUAUACAAGGUGUUUCAAAAAACGAAAUAUUCCUAGGGCAGAGGUACUAGUGAUACGAGGGUGAUCCCAAAAAGUCUUUUAUUUUACAAAAAUUGUUUAUUUCCAAUAAAUAAUUGAUACAUCAUUGUAAAACUAAACAUUGAUCUGUUUUUCUGCAUAAUCGCCGCUUCGAUUGAUGCAUUGUAGACGCUGUGACAGUUUUUGUAUGUCCAUGUCAAAUCAGGUCGCCGCCUGGUCGUUGAGGUAGCAUUGAACCUAAUUUUACCUCCCAAAACAUUCUAAAAUGCGAUAUUAUGUUUGGGAUGUUAUAUGACAUGCACUCCACAAAAAACCAUGUCACUCAUUUCCGUCGGUCUGACUGUCCGCCCGCUAAUCCUUGGCCCAUCUAUAUCUUGGAAAGCACCACCCUAAUUGGGAUGAUAUUUUCACACAAGGUUACUACUAUCUCAAGGACGAAGAAGCUUUGUAUUUAUUUAUUUUUUUUUAAAUCGGUCAGUUGCAGCGGAGCUGGGGGCUAGAACACAAAAAACUAAUCUCUCAAACUUCAUGUUUUGACGUUUCAGAAGCUCUUAAUCAUUUUCAGAAAAAUUAUUGUAGUGAUUAAGAAUUCUGGGUUGUAAGGGGUAGGUGUUAGUAUAUCUCAAUCUUUUGAUGUUAGUAUAUUUAUACGUUCUGAACCCCGGUAAUUCUACGCACAUAUUGGACAUAUUUCACUCAUCCAUAGAUUUUCCUUUACGUUUGCCCUUAAAACAGAUUGACAGAAAAAUGUUUUCGAUAUACGUCUCUUCUUCUCCUGCCCUGGGUUCACUAGCGGGUGGGUGUGCCGGUCUUCAUGAGUGUCCUUUACUACCGGUAUGCGAGAGGGACGACGUUGCCAGAUGGUCGGUACUACCGGUAGAGCAGGCAGAGGAUGUCUUUAGACUAAUUGGUAUGGGCCUGUGUGGCUAACUUGAUCUAUUUAAUGUCUUUGUUGUAACUAGCUUUUUUCUCUCUUUAAAAAAUAGACCUUAUUUUUGGGAUUACCUCGUGUUUUACACUUUUGCUUUUUGUUUAAUCUGAACUGGCCCAACCACGUGUUGUUCGUGUUACUUUUGAACGUCUUCUCAACCUUAGAAAAAUUAAAACUGUUUUCUGAAUCACCCUGUAUGUAACAACACACAUUGAAAGCAAUAAUUGGGAAUUAAGAAAUAUCAGGGCCAAAUGUAUCCCUCAAAGUACAGACCUCGACUUUUCAUAAUUUCUAGGGAAUUAAACUGUAAUAUAACAUUUGACACUCAGGGAGAACGUUCAAUACGUAUAUAUUUAUCAAGCGGUAGAAUACGGAAAGUAUUUGUGUAUUUUUGCCAGUGAAUCUGCCAUAUUAGCUGUAAUUCUGUAAAUUAUUGUAGUUAAGAGUACUAGGUACAACUUUAAUCGGUGGAAAGUAUGCUGAAUAAUUUUUCAAUACUGUUUUGGAAAUUUGAUAGAAUAAAAACUGUGACUCAAAUUUUGGAAACGUUUUUAUGUAGACAGAUAUCUGAACCUAAUGAAUCACGAAAUUGACAGUACGGCAGAAAAUUUCAGGAAAUGAGCUAUUUCAAUGAAUUUUACUGUUGAUGUACUAAAUUUCAGUAUACUUUCUACCUUAAGUAAAUAACUAUUCGGAUAGGUUUCUUGAUAUCCAUAGUUCAUUGAAACAUUUCUGAUUUCAUAAUAUAAGCAUAUAAAAUUUCUCAAUCGAAAUUAUAAGACAUUUAAGCAAGAAGAAUAUUAUCCCCAAAUAAACUUGAUAUCUCAUCGGUUAUGAAUUGCUGCCAAAGGCCCUGAAGAAAAUAUCUAGUGAGAUGAUUAUUCCAUAUUAUUUAAAUUUACACCAGAAACAAAUUACAGAAAUGUAUAAAACACUUCAGGGAUAUAAAAGUGUUACUACAAAAUUCCAUCGCCCAGUUGGAAAUAUUCCGGUUUUGUUGCUACUAGACUUGAAAUAAUGAAACCUACCCGGAUUUAUAUACCAAUCUCAAAAAAAUGGUAAAUAUAAUCUAGUUUUGUAAAUUCGAGAACUAAAUAAAUCCCUAUUUUUCUGUCGAUAUUUUUGGGAUUUUUUGUACUUUUAUAUAUACAUAAUGGCUUUGACUCUUAAACCAAUUUUAGUUACAUUGAAGCAUGCGACAUGCUGUACAUUCUGUAAAGUCUCUUUGUUUUGUUUUUGUAAUAUAG